AUGACAUCUUAUCCGAAACUAGUCGCUCUUGAUACAGACUGGACGUUGUGGUGGGGCUGGCUAGACAUGAACAAGUGGGGGAAGGGAAACGGUGCUUAUUCUCCCCCGGAAGACAACAUCGAAUACGAUAGCGGAUCUGACAAGGUACUCAGAGAUAGGAGUAACCAUAACGAGAAGAUAUGGUUAUACGGCAAGGUGCCAGACAUCAUAACCGACAUCGUCAAACACGGGGCAAAGUUGGCGAUUGUUUCUCGCAACAGAAGCAAGGGGGCAUCUGAUCGUGCAUUGUGGUAUUUUAACGCUGUCGACCCGAGAGACGGAAAGAAGAAACCGAUCAUCGACAUGGUCGACUUCGACGAAGUCGUUGAUGAGGAUAAGACCAAGCAUUUCGAGCGCAUUAAGGGAUGGACGGGUUUCGACUUUUCGGAUAUGAUACUAUUUGAUGAUGAGGCGGUCAAUAAUCUGGUCCGGGUGGUCCAAGGUGUCACAUUCCAGGUCUCGCGAGAUCAACAAGGUCUCACCUGGGAGAACUACCAGCAGGGCUUGGAUACAUGGCGGCGUCUUCAGAAAAUAAGAAGUCCUUACCUUGGUCAGAGCCUUCAAAGCUACUCUAACCCGGUGUUCCUUGGAUACUCUGGUAUGGAUGAAGACACUGUUAACCGCUUGACAAGCGGAGGACACCGCGUGGACCUCACUGAGUCCGCACGGUGGGGAUAUGCGAUGUACGUUGCAGAUGAUAUCAGGAUCGCCCAUUACUUCUCCGAAUGGAUUAAGAGGGACGCGUUUGGCCCGAACGCAAAGACGUAUGUUUGGUUCACCGAGACCAACAGCCUGAUGAACAAUGUCCACAGCCAGAGCGCGUUCCAGAUCGCCUGGGACCAGGAGAACAGGGACGUGCAGGCUGCCAAGUGGUACGCGCCGCCCCCCUACAUCCUCUUCUCCCGACACGGCCGGAUGGGCGACAUGCCAAACAACAUCCCCCGCGGACGGUUCAACGAGAUGGUGGUGUACACACAACUGCAGGAUGCGCUUAUCUUGACGAUCCCGCUCACCAAUCAACAAAUCGCUAACAAGAUGUACAGCAGUCCGAAGUCUGCACCAUUUGAGCAUCAGUUCAAGAAUUGGCGCAUUAGGAUGUCAUUAGAGAUGUUUGCCGAGUUCAAGGGCCAGGGCGAGCCUUGGUCCUAA